UCCGCGGAGGCAGAAGCAGCGUGGGGGUGGUUCUCGUGGGGUGAGCGCAGAGCGGGCAGCGGGAGCCGCGGCGACGAGCAGCUGUGCGGGGGCUUUGCCCUCCGCGGCCAGACGGGUGGGACUCCAAGCACAGGGAUGCGUGCGUGCUGGCUUGUGGGGAAAGAGAAAUGCAGCCAGCGGAUGAAGCUGCCACACUUGGAAGCAGUGGUGAUUGGGCGUGGCCCAGAGACUGGGAUAACAGAUAAGAAGUGUUCACGGAAGCAAGUUCAGUUAAAAGCAGACUGUAACAAGGGCUAUGUCACAGUGAAGCAGAUAGGAGUCAACCCAGCAAGUGUUGAUCUUGUGAAUAUUGGAAAGGAUGAAGAGGUGAAAAUGAAGCCAGGCCAAGUUCUGCAUAUUGUAAAUAAACUUUACCCCUACACAGUGCAAUUCGCUGAAGAGCCAGGGAAAACUGUUGGAGAAGCAAAAGAGAAAAUAGAGACUGAUAAAGUGCUAUGUGAAGACUCCAGCGAGGAUGAUGAUGUAGAGCUUGUUCCCAGAAAAACAAUGAAGAUGGAGGAUACACGAGGUAGUUUUUCAAAUCCCAAGCUAAGCAAUACUGAUGUAUCUCCACCUGAAGGGACUUCAAGCAAAAAGGAAUAUUUAGGACACUGGAGUCAGGGUCUAAAGAGCUCCAUGCAAGAUCCAAAAAUGCAGGUUUACAAAGAUGAAAAGACAGUAGUCAUCCAGGAUAAAUAUCCCAAAGCACGUUACCACUGGCUUAUCUUACCAUGGGACCCCAUUUCAAGCCUGAAGUCGGUCACAAGGGACCAUCUUGAGCUCCUGGAACACAUGCAUACAGUUGGGCAAAACAUGAUCAGACAGUGCCCUGACAGAGAAAGUCUGGAGUUCAGACUGGGUUACCAUGCUAUCCCCAGUAUGAGUCAACUACAUUUGCAUGUAAUCAGCCAGGAGUUUGAUUCUCCAGCUCUGAAAACCAAAAAGCACUGGAACUCUUUUACUACAGACUACUUCUUAAACUCUCAAGAUGUGAUAGAGAUGGUGAAAAGUAAGGGAAAAGUGAUUGUGAAAGAUAAUGUCUCUGAACUUCUCAAAUUGCCCCUCAGAUGCCAUCGUUGCAAGCAACAGCUGUCCACUAUCCCACAGUUAAAGGAACAUCUCCGGAAACACUGGCCAAAAUGACUGCAAAAAAUCCGCUUACAAACAGUCUUCAGCUUUCAGGUUAAAACAUAGACCUCAAAAUAUUAGUGGACAUACAUCCUUUUUUGUUAACUGCAAUGACAACUGUGAUAUGGGACAAAUGGGAUACAUGCUACCUAGGAACAACAGCAUACUAUGUCAUAGCUUAGAAAAAACCGCCAACCAUAAAAACUAAGUGACUUCUGAAAUUGAAGGUGUAUUUGCAGCUUUGUUGGGUACUGUCACACUAAUCUGUGUGUGAACUGAAGUCUGGGAGAAGUGUUGUAUUUGGUUGAAAAGAUUUAUUUUAAUUCAGAAGCUGAGGCGUUGAGCCCAGAUCUAGGUUUCUGCCGAGAAAGGGAAGAAACGGUGGUUUAGAGGUCUUUCUCUUGAUGUCUUCUGCCUGUCACUGAAGUUUCUCUAAAGUGAUAAUGUUGCAGAGGCUGAUGUGGCUGACAGCAAAAAUGUCAAAGGAGCAUACAAGAGCUUAUGGGGAGGAACAUCAGCUCCAGUUUCCCAAUUUCUGACAGAGCAUGGCUUGAAGGUUUCAAUGCUCCCUAACUUCCCCUUAGCUUUGGAGCAGGUAUUGCUCCUCACCAGGAUGCCACAGUAGUCACUGCUGAGGCUCCAAGAGGGGCAUUCUCUCCCUUUCAUAUACAAGGACGAAUUUAAUAAUUUGUAUAUAAAAAUACAUGUAUAAGACACAAUGAGCAGCUUUACUGCUCUCCAGAGUAAUACAUUAUCAUGGCUUGCUGUUGCUUGGGUGCAUGCAUUGAGGUGAUUUAAUGCUGCCGUUUCUCCACAUCAAGGUUUUGGUAAGCCUCUAUCAUUCGAUUGUUUUAUCAUUGGUUUGUAGGGUUCAGUUUCAUUCUGAGCCCAUCUUUGACUUAAGAAGAUGCCCUCUGGGUGAAAUUGCUUUUUGUAAAAGAGCAGAUAGAGGUUUUAUUAUGCAAGGAAAAUGCUGUGUGUAACUCUUGAUAACGUAUUCGGUGGGCAGAGGGUGUCCUCUUCUUUCAUGCCAUUGUGCAGCAGCAUGUUAUUACACACAUUCUGAUGGAGCAAACAGUGAUCUGUUGCUGCUGGAAAAGAACAAGGACAUUCCUGUAGUGGAAUGAGGGACAGUGAGGGUGAGGGGUUGGCUAUGGUCUAAUUUCAAACACCAGUCACACUCAGGUUUUUGCUAACAUUACUAAUAUUAUGCCCCAAUUUAGAAAGCAAAACUUAGAAAAAAAACCAGAAAACCAACCAAUUACAAAAGCAGAUCUGAAAGAUGGCUUCUGUAUUUCAUCUUGGACUAUGUUCUGCCACCAUUUUGAAGACUCCGACCCAGGAAAAUACUCCCAGCCUGUGCAGCCUAUCAUGUGUUUUGCCAUCUCAUGGCUUUACUCUUGGGAGAAUCUCUUUCCAGUGUAGUUACAGUACCUGACAACAGGCUUACUUCCUCCCUGCACGGCCCAGAAUAGGCUACAUAGAACAGUUGAAAGUAAGACUCCAAUGCUUCAUGCAACACUGACAAAUGACUGUUUUACCACUCCCAACCAUGCAAGCCAACACAGUGGAUGCCUGCACAGCGAUCCCAGAUACAAUGGAGUUGUUGCAUCACAAAACCAGUGAUCUGUAGCGCUAGACACAUGCUAGUGCUGUGCCGUAAGAACAUAGCCUACUGCUGUGUCAUUCCAUGCCUCCUCCAACAGACAGGAAGUGCCUUGUUUGUGCUGGCAUUUUUCCAUAGCACCUAACUGAAAUGGUUUGCAUUGAACACAGCAGCUACCAGGCCAAAAUUAACUGAGGGAGAAGGGCGCUGCCACCCCUGAAGUGUUUCCAGUGUCACCUGCAGAGCUUCCUCUGCUCAUAGGACUGCUGUUGUUAUUGUCCAGUGAGAUCAUGGAAAUAUAAGGUAAAAUUUUCAGGUAUAAGCUUAGAUCAUCAGCUGAAACAGUGCUGCAAUAGCACACUGCAUAAUCAGGGUACAGCUGCUGAUAUGUUGUAUGCCAUACAGUAGCGUUAUCUGAUCUUCCUCAAACUCAGAUAAUUAGGGUAGAACUACUCAGCAGCGCAUCCUACUGACACGUCCCACCCCAGC